AUGGAUUGGUGGAGGGGGCUCCUGUCUGCAGAAUUCUUCGAAAUGCUGGAAAAAAUGCAGGCACCAAAACUGGAAGAACAGAGAGCUGGAAACCAAAAGCAUAAGGAGGACUACAUCCCGUACCCCAGCAUCGACGAGGUCAUCGAGAAGGGGGGCCCGUAUCCCCUUGUCAUCCUGCCCCAGUUCGGGGGGUACUGGAUCGAAGACCCUGAAAACCUGGGCACCCCCACCUCGUCCGACAGCAGCGUCUGCGAGGAGGAGGAGGAGGGUUUGAGCCCCGGUGCCGGCGGCUACCGGCUGGAGUGCAAGGGGGCCGUGGGGGCGUACCGCAGGCACUUCCUGGGCAAGGAUCAUUUAAAUUUUUAUUGCACAGCCAGCAGCCUGGGAAAUCUGAUCCUUUCUAUUAAGUGUGAAGAGGCAGAUGGCACUGAGUAUUUAAGGAUUAUACUCAGGUCCAAGGUGAAGACGCUGCACGAGCGCAUCCCCCUGGCCGGGUUCAGCAAGCUCCCCAGCAUCCCGCAGAUCGCCAAGGCUUUCUGCGACGACGCCUCGGGGCUGAAGUUCAACCCGGUGCUGUACCCCAAGGCAUCCCAGAUGAUCGUGUCCUACGACGAGCACGAGGUCAACAACACCUUCAAGUUCGGUGUCAUCUACCAGAAGUUCCGGCAGACCCUCGAGGAAGAGCUGUUUGGAAACAACGAGGAGAGUCCUGCCUUCAAGAGCUUCCUGAGUUUGCUGGGGGACACCAUAACCCUGCAGGACUUCAAAGGCUGGAGCGCGGUUCUCGGCGCGGGCACGUCGGGAAUCGUGGAGCUGUCGGGCAUUGGAGGACUUCAAAGGCUGCAGAGGAAGCGGCACAUCGGCAACGACAUCGUGGCGCUCAUCUUCCAAGAGGAGAACACGCCGUUCGUGCCGGACAUGAUCGCCUCCAACUUCCUUCACGCCUACGUCGUGGUGCAGCUGGAGAACCCGCAGGCUGAGAGCCCAUCCUACAAGGUGUCGGUGACAGCGCGGGAGGACGUGCCCUCGUUCGGGCCCCCGCUGCCCAGCCCGCCCGUGUUCCACAAGAGCCCCGAGUUCAGGGAGUUCCUGCUCACCAAGCUCAUCAACGCCGAGAACGCCUGCUGCAAGUCGGACAAGUUCGCCAAGCUGGAGGACCGGACACGCGCGGCGCUGCUGGACAACCUGCACGACGAGCUGCACGAGCACACGCAGGCCAUGCUGGGCCUGGGGCCCGAGGAGGACAAGCUGGAGAACGGCGGCCACGGCGGCUUCCUGGAGUCCUUCAAGGUGAGCGGCGAGCGCAGCGGCGGCUCCCCGCGCUGCAGGACCGGCGGCAUCACCCACAACAGCGCCUAGGUCACCAAGGCCACCUUCUCCCCCCCAGUGCCCGUGGCCACAGCCAAGAACACGUCCCGCAGCCCCAUCAAGCGGCGCUCGGGGCUCUUCCCGCGCCUGCACACGGGGUCCGAGAGUCUGCCGGAGGGCAGAGCGCGAUGUGACAGCACCUCCGGAGCGCAGCGGACGCCAGACAUGGGACACACGGCGCAGGAUGCGAGGGCUGAGACCUCCUCCAACCCCAGCUCCCCCGAGAUCUGCCCCAGCAGGGAGAGCCAGCCCUCCACCGCGUCGCCCUUCAAGCAGGACGUCUUCGUCUACAGCGCGGUGCCCGGCAGCGAGAGCCCCGGCGGGGCCGCCGCCACCCCUGUCAUCAUGAGCCGCAGCCCCACAGAUAUAAAGAACAGGAACUCUCCGAGGUCAAACCUGAAGUUUCGCUUCGACAAGCUCAGCCACUGCAGCUCCAGCACGCGGCAGUCAGUCGCGUAG